AUGUUCUGGUGCCCUUACAUAGAUUGUCUAAUUAUAAAUAACCUAAUAGUUUGCAACGUAGAUCUUCAGAAUAAGCCCUAUUUUGUACUAUCAGGCAAACUUGUUUGCUACAACGACAUUAAGUCAACGUGCUGUUACGCAUGUCAAGCUCUCAUCGAAGGUGAUCGGAUAAUAACUCAGUUCGGAAACUUUCACAAGGAUUGUUGCAAAUGUUUUAAGUGUGGGUAUGUUAAUAUGAAUAAUUUUAAUAUGAGGAAGAAGAUUGAGGACUAUGUAAAGGAUUCAUGCGUGCCCAUACCCAAACAUUUCAACGAAGAGUUAAGGAUGAGGCUAGCAGGUACAAAUUUAUUAUCUACUAAACUGGAUAAUGCUACACAUUAUCUUGAAAUUUCAGCUCAAUUUAAGGCCGUUGAAAGGCAUGUUAUCACCAGCUCUCACAGUGAAAGUGCAGCGCAUGAGAUGAGCGACGAAGAAGAAGUAAUGAACCCAAAUGAUCUAAAACUUGAGGAACGGCAAAAGAAAUGGCUGCAGGCUGCAGGUGCCGAAGCUUCAUCACCGCCAGCUAAAUCCAAACGUUCGAAGAAGCUGCCUGUCUUCACUCACAGUCCUCCUCAUGAUAAUACUUGGACUCCUUUAAAAAAAGCAGAUCUCUUCCCUAAAUCUGGAUUGAACUUACCUCAUUUAUCCUCAUACUCCACUCAGGGAUUCAGUAAGGUAGAAAUGAGCGAUCGUACUUCCAUCAGCAAAUACCCUGCUCUAAGUAAAUCACGAGCUCUCAGCGGUUCCGCUCUAAGCAGCAGGAGGGACGUUUCAAAAUCACCUCCACUAUCUAGUCCCCCUUCACCUUCUCGUAACAAUAAUCAGGAGCCCUUGCAUGAAUUAAAAUCACUUUCUUCGAAAAGGGAACCAGAAUCCACACCAGGAUCAAGUAAACCGACCAGCGGGAAAACCAACGUCAACGCCCUGGUCAUGGUCUACGAAGAAAUCACAGCUAGAGCCACGGACGACCUUAGUCCUGAUGCUUCUACGGCGGAUCACAAUUCACCAGAAUCUCAAGAAGAAAAAUCCGACAGCAACAGGACAAUGUUCUGUGAAACUCGACUCACUUCCAAGUUGCCUGUUCAAGCCAUUCCUGAUUGCACUCUCCAAAACCCGACAAUGCCCCAAAUGGGGGUUUUAAAAAUAAGAAAAGCAGACGAAAGCAUCAAGCAAGCGGAUGGAACAACAACCCGUUUCAGAGGAGCACUACUGGCACUACUGCUUAGCAUCGUUGUAGCUCCCAUUUCCAUCCUACUCUACCUUCGAAAUUGGGUAGCAACACCUACACCAGAAGAGCCAAUCAACCUGCAAUCUCUUGGCAUUGAAAUGAUCAACUACGCCACUCAAACGAGGACGUCAAACUAA